UUCAUUUAGAUCUGAUCGUGCACGGAGACAAGACCCCAUCACACAAUGUACGGACGAGACCCAUGGGGUGGUCCCUUAGAGAUCAAUGCGGCAGACUCCAUCACCGACGACGAUCGCAGCCGUAACCUACAAGAACUCGACCGUUCGACUCAUCCUCGACCACUAGACGCAACGCAGCAGAGCUGGCUACUCGGACCUCCCAUGAGGAAGAAGAAGAAGUACGUUGAUCUCGGAUGUAUACUAGUCAGCCGCAAGAUCUUUCUGUGGACUCUUGGAACCCUUCUUGUUACCACCUUUCUCGCCGGAUCCAUAACCAUGAUCGUUAGACACGUGCCGCACCACAAACAUGUGAAACCUCAACGAGACAACUACACUCUCGCUCUCAACAAGACACUCUUGUUCUUCAACGCUCAGAAAUCUGGGAAACUUCCUAAGAACAAUCACGUGUCAUGGAGAGGUGAUUCUUGUAUGCGAGAUGGGAAGGCGAGAGAAGAUUACCUCCACCUAGACCUCAUAGGAGGCUAUUACGAUGCUGGAGAUGCAAUCAAGUUCAACUUCCCAAUGUCAUAUGCAAUGACCAUGCUGAGCUGGAGUGUGAUUGAAUACAGUGCUAAAUACGAAGCUGCAGGGGAGCUUGACCAUGUUAAAGAGCUCAUCAAAUGGGGAACUGAUUACUUUCUCAACACCUUCAACAGUAGUGCUGAUAAAAUCACAGUGAUGGUGUCACAGGUUGGAUCUGGGGAUACCCGUAGAGGAAGUGUGGUCCAUAAUGACCAUUACUGCUGGAUGCGUCCUGAGGACAUCGAUUAUAAAAGGCCUGUGCAUACAUGUUACUCUAGGUGCUCGGAUCUUGCUGCAGAGAUGGCAGCUGCUCUGGCCUCUGCAUCCAUUGUAUUCAAAGACAAUAGAGACUACUCUAAGAAACUUGUUCACGGUGCUAAAACGCUUUAUAAGUAUGCAACCGCUGUUAAAGAUAGUUACAAUAGACCAGGUAACGAGUUUUAUAAGUCCAGCCUGUUUUGGGAUGAGCUUCUAUGGGGUGGGGCUUGGUUGUACUAUGCUACGGGAAACAUAACCUAUCUAGAUCAUGUUACCAAUCAUGAUAUGGCGAGGCGUGCUGGUGCCUUCUGGGGUGGCCCUUAUUAUGGUGUCCCUAGCUGGGACAACAAGCUUCCCGGAGCUCAGCUGCUGUUGACACGGUUAAGGCUGUUUAUAAGCCCUGGAUAUCCAUAUGAAGACAUCUUGAGCACAUUUCAUAAUCAGACAGGAGUAGUUAUGUGCUCAUACUUACCCUACUUCAAAAAGUUCAAAAGAACCAAGGGAGGUUUGAUCAUGUUGAAUCAUGGAGAUCCACAGCCUCUUCAAUACGCUGCUAAUGCAGCUUUUUUAGCUGCUUUAUACAGCGACUAUCUAGAUUCUUCUGAUACUCCUGGAUGGUACUGUGGUCCUCACUUCUAUUCUACUGAUGUCCUACGUGACUUUGCAAGAUCUCAGAUUGAUUACAUACUCGGUAAAAACCCUCGGAAGAUGAGUUAUGUUGUAGGUUUUGGACACCGGUACCCGAAACAUGUACACCACAGAGGAGCUUCGAUACCGAAAAGUGUGAAGAAAGAAAGCUGCAAAGGAGGAUGGAAAUGGAGAGACACUAAAAAGAAUAACCCAAACACCAUCGUAGGAGCAAUGGUUGCUGGACCUGACAAGCAUGAUGGGUUCCAUGACCUUCGUAGUAACUACAACUACACAGAGCCGACUCUAGCAGGCAAUGCUGGUCUGGUCGCAGCUCUGGUGGCUUUAUCAGGAGAGAAAACGCUUGGAGCUAUUGACAAGAACACUAUGUUCUCUGCUGUACCACCUUUAACACCUUCCACGCCGCCUCCUCCAGCUCCUUGGACACCAUGAAAAGAAAACUAAAAAACCUUUUUGAGUGUAAUAAAACUUAUUUAGUUUUGCCUGAUUAAGACACAAGUGAAUAAUGUAGUUUUCAAAUGAUUAAAAAAAAAAAU